ACAACUGAAGCAACAACCACAAUUGAACCAACAACAACCACAAUUGAACCAACAACAACCACAAAUGAACCAACAACUUCAACCACAAAUGAACCAACAACCACAAUUGAGCCAACAACAACCACAAAUGAACCAACAACCACAACUGAGACAACAACUUCAACCACAAAUGAACCAACAACUACAACUGAGGCAACAACAACCACAAUUGAACCAACAACAACCACAAUUGAGGCAACUACUUCAACCACAAAUGAACCAACAACCACAACUGAGGCAACAACAACAACAACAACAACUACAACUGAGGUAACAACAACCACAACUGAACCUACAACUUCAACCACAAAUGAACCAACGACUACAACAGAGGCAACAACAACAAUUAAACCAACAACAACCACAAUGGAGGCAACAACUUUAACCAGAAUUGAGCCAACAACUUCAACCACAAAUAACCCAACAACUACUACUGAGGCAACAACAACCACAACUGAGCCAACAACAACCACAAUUGUGCCAACUACUUCAACCACAACAACAAGUACAACUGAGACAACAACUUCAACCACAAAUAACCCAACAACUACUACUGAGGUAACAACAACCACAAAUGAACCAACAACAACCACAACUGAGCCAACAACUUCAACCACAACAACAACUACAACUGAGACAACAACUUCAACCACAAAUAACCCAACAACUACUACUGAGGCAACAACAACCACAAUUGAGCCAGCAACAACCACAAUUGAGGCAACUACUUCAACCACAAAUGAACCAACAACCACAACUGAGGCAACAACAACAACAAAUGAACCAACGACUACAACAGAGGCAACAACAACAACAAUUCAGACAACAACUUCCACCACAAAUGAACCAACAACUACAACUGAGGUAACAACAACCACAACUGAACCUACAACUUCAACCACAAAUGAACCAACGACUACAACAGAGGCAACAACAACAAUUAAACCAACAACAACCACAAUGGAGGCAACAACUUUAACCAGAAUUGAGCCAACAACUUCAACCACAAAUAACCCAACAACUACUACUGAGGCAACAACAACCACAACUGAGCCAACAACAACCACAAUUGUGCCAACUACUUCAACCACAAAUGAACCAACGACUACAACAGAAGCAACAACUGAACCAACAACAACCACAGCAACAACAACCACAAUGGAGGCAACAUCUUCAACCACAAAUGAACCAACAACUACAACUGAGACAACAACUUCAACCACAAAUGAACCAACAACUACUACUGAGGUAACAAAAACCACAACUGAGCCAACAACAACCACAAUUGUGCCAACUACUUCAACCACAAAUGAACCAACGACUAUACCACCCAGUGAGCUAAUAUUAGCUAACAGUAACUAG